UCUAAAUUUACGACUCCAUUUUGUUUAGCAAGACGUGUGAUUCUCUUCACGUUUACAGUUUUUAGCGGAACCAAAAGAAUGGGCCGAGUUCCAUUUUUUCGCCUUAAAAAUGGCUUAGAAAUCCGCCGGAUUUUGAAUGGGAUGUGGCAGGUUUCGGGACAACACGGUCCAAUCAACGCGAACAAGGCUUCGCGUGCAAUGGUGGACUACUUUGACGCAGGAUUGACAACUUUCGAUAUGGCGGACAUCUACGGACCAGCAGAGGAUAUCUUCGGCGAGUUUUUAGAUGAUUUAAAGACUGAACGGGGUGAAGAAGUGGGAAGGAAAGUUCAGGGUUAGUUGAUUACAAAAAUGAUCCAAAGUGGUAGAAAAAUAGCGCUCGGGUAGUUUACAAUAGUUUAUGACGAAUUAUCACCUUCUGUAUAAGUAUAAUACAUAUACAGAAGGUGAUAAUUUCUUUGGGCUCCCUUCGCCUCUGAUUGUGGAUUGGUCCAAAACGAAAUAGAUUAACUACGGAGGAUUUUCCUAAAAGCAAAUUAUUAGAGUGGUUACCCCUUAGAAAGUUCUAUUAAAUCUCUGCUCAUUCUUUCAAGAUGUAAAAUAGGGUCCUCUCCUUCACUGUUUUUAUUAUUAUUAUUAUUAUUAUUAUUAUUGUUGUUGUUGUUAGUAUUACCCUUCCCUCCUGUAAAGUCGAAAGCUUCACCUGCAACCAACACAAGCUGCAAAAAUUUGCGAGUAAAUGCCUUUAGUGAAAUCAUGGAGGAAUCUAAAUUCUGAUUAGUAAGGGGAAUGAGGUUCACCUCUCUGAUUCAUCAUAUUUGUCUGAGAUGGAGAGGAAGGAUUUGGGGUAAGGAAGGCUAGGUGUUUCUGGAUGUACCUACUUUUCCCGUGAACACAACUCCUAAUGGUAGCAGUCUCACUUGUGAAGUUCCUUGCGUGACCGAUUUGCAUUUUUUGGCCUGCUAGAAUUUAGUGCCAUGGGUUAAUUUUUCAGUGAGAAAACUUUACUUGUCACUCUUGAUUUCAGCAUUAACUAAAUGGGUUCCACAGCAAGGCAAACCCCUGUCAAGAGAAAUCACCAAAGGACAUGUGCGUCUUGCAAUGAAAAGGAUGGGUGUCGAAAAGCUGGACAUGCUGCAAUUUCAUUGGUGGGAUUACUCAGACAGUCGUUACAUCGAUGCACUUUGUUAUUUAAAUGAACUGAGGAUGGAGGGAUUAAUUGGAGAGCUCUCACUAACAAACUUUAACACAAGACAUCUACAGGAAAUUGUCAAAAGGGAAAUUCCCAUAUCUACAAAUCAAGUGCAGUACUCAAUCAUUGAUCAACGGCCAGAGUCAAAGAUGGUCAAACUAUGUCGCCAGCAUGGAAUAAAGCUCUUAGCAUAUGGCACAUUGGGCGGAGGGCUAAUAUCUGAAAGAUAUCUCAACGCAAAAGAGCCAAUCAUGAGAUCUGAACUGCAGACAGCAUCUCUUGCAAAGUAUAAGCAAAUGAUUGAUGCCUGGGGUAGCUGGGAACUAUUUCAAGACCUUCUGUCUAACUUGUCUGACAUUGCAUUGGCUCACAACAGCACUGUAGCCAAUGUAGCUUGUCGCUAUAUUUUAGAUAAACCGGAAGUCGCUGGAAUAAUUAUUGGGUGCAGAUUUGGAGUACCUGAAGCGGAGCAUAUUGAAAGUAAUAUGAAAAUUCUUGAUCUCAAACUUACCACAAGUGAUGUGGAGAAACUAGAACAAACCCUUCGUAAAGGAGAGGAUUUGUUUGAAACAACAGGUGAUUGUGGCGAUGAGUAUAGAUAG